UUGUAUAUUUGUAAACAUUGCAUAUACAUCGUUUUUAAACUUCAUCAGCAGGAAAAGGAAAGAUGUGCUCGAGAAAAUACCUUUCUUGCAAGCUUUACGACAACAUUUGUCGUAUGUGGGAGGCAAGACAGUUAUGCGACGUUGAAAUCGUGGGUCGCGAUGGAAAUUCUAUCGAAGCCCAUCGUUUAAUACUGUCUGCCAUCAGCCCUUACUUUCGAGGUAUGUUUACAGCGGACCUGUGGGAAAGUACACAAAAAGUUGUGAAACUGGAAAGCAUCGAUGGGGACACAAUUGCUUCUCUUGUGCGGUUUGCUUACUCUUCAAAACUUGAUGUUAGUAGUAGCAACGUAGAAUGCCUGUUGACUGCUUCAAGUCUACUUCAAAUUAAAGAAGUGGAAAAAAUAUGUUGUGAUUAUUUGCAAGAGCAAUUACACACUUCAAAUUGUCUUGGUAUCUGGGCCUUAGCUGAACACCAGAACUGUCGCGAGCUGGCUGCAUUUUCCUUCAAAUUCAUCUUGAAAAAUUUUCCAAGUAUUUAUCAAGACGACGAAUUUCCUUGUCUGUCAUUGAAUCAGGUUAAAACGAUUCUCGGGGAUCCAAAUUUAUCCAUAAACUCAGAAGAAGAAGUUUUCGAAGCCUGCUUAAGAUGGAUUGGAUCAACUGGUACAAGAGAGGUCUGCCUUCCUGAUCUCUUGGAUUGUGUUUUCUUGGGCUCAUUGACAGCUGAUUACCUCAGAAAUUCUGUUUUGAAAAACAAGUUAAUAUGCAACAAUUUAGUCUGUAGUGAAAAAGCUCAAAAAGCCUUGAGAUUUUCAUUUGCUCCUCUAUCUGAGAAACAGAAAAGCUCAUUUGUUUUGCAGAAUUCCACGAGGGUUGCAGAUGGCUAUGGAGACCAGUUACUCACGAUUGGAGGAUUAAAUGGUACCAAUGCUGUAAAUGCAGUAGAAUUAUAUAAUAUGUACACAGACUCAUGGGAAUCUGCAGCAGAUAUGCCAUGUGAGAGAUAUGGAAUAGGUGUUGCUAAGUUACGAGGCAUAAUCUAUUGUUUGGGAGGUUACACUUCCGGUGUAUUUUUAGACAUCUGUGAAUGUUACAAUACAGAAAUGAAUAUUUGGCAAAGCAUGUGUCGUAUGUUGAGGCCACGAAAGUACCUCGCUGCAUCCCAAUCACACAACAGGAUUUUUGCCAUUGGAGGAACCGACGGGAUUGUCAGGCAAAAAUCAGUCGAAAGCUUUGAUCCAUGUAAGAAUGAGUGGAGUUGCUGUGCACCAAUGGCAACGCCCAGAAUGUAUCUUGGUACGGCGAGCAUUGGUGGUUUAAUUUAUGCUGUUGGUGGUCAUGAUGGCGUCAGACGACUAGAAAGUGUUGAAUGCUACGACGCCAGCAAAGAUUGCUGGGUACCAGUGAGAUCAAUGGGGAAUGAGAGAUCAGUGGCAGGUGUUACAACCAUGGAUAGCGUUUUGUACUUCGCUGGGGGUUUUGACGGUGUUAAGCAUUGUAAGGAUGCAUGCAUGUAUGAUCCACGGGAAAACAAGUGGACAGCAAUUGCUGACAUGAACGUGCCCAGGUCAGCUUUGUGUUUGGUCGCAAUGAAAAGUCGACUGUAUGCACUUGGUGGUUUUAACGGUCAGUUCCUUCAAUCAGUUGAAACGUACGAUGCUAGAGCGAAUAUUUGGGAACCUGCAGUCGACAUGAUCAUAAGCAGAGCUCAUUUUGGGGCAUCUGUGUUCUGAUUUCUUCACGUAGCUUCAUUUCAUGUAAAUAUCAGAUAGAAAGUGAGGUUGUAUGGGAAGGCUGUACUUUCAUUUUAUAUAACUUCAUAUAAUGGUCUAGCCACGAACAAAAUAUUUUCUCGAAUGAAUGAAUCGGACCAAAAACGUUUUAAUCCCGCUGAGCUUAUCUUGUCUGGCCAACCAUUAAAAUGCUUUCAAAAUUCAUUAUCAUGACUAAGCUCUCGGUAUGUAAUUACAAAAAUAACGUUCGUAAAAACAUUGAUGUCCAUGUUAGUGUGCCAAUUGAUUGGUAAAUUUUAUAAUUUUAUUCCAAGAAAAGCACGCCCCUCGUGGAGAUCAACCUCAGUUGACGAGGCCAGCAUGUCAAAAUAAAGAUUUUCAUUCAUUUAUUCAUCACGUCACGAAGUAAAUAUAAAGAUGAUAACGCUGACAGAUAAAA